AUGGUCAAGGCUGUUGUUGCGGGUGCUUCUGGUGGCAUCGGCCAGCCGCUGUCGCUGCUCCUCAAGACCAGCCCGCUCAUCGACGAGCUGGCUCUCUACGAUGUCGUCAACACCCCGGGUGUUGCUGCCGACCUCUCCCACAUUUCCUCUCGUGCGAAAAUCUCCGGCCACCUCCCUGCCGACGAUGGUGCAAAGGCCGCCUUCAAGAAUGCCGACAUCAUCGUCAUCCCCGCCGGCAUCCCACGCAAGCCCGGCAUGACCCGCGACGAUCUCUUCAACAUUAAUGCCGGCAUUGUCAAAGGCUUGAUUGAGAUUGCCGCCGAGGUCGCCCCAAAGGCCUUUAUCCUCGUCAUCUCGAACCCUGUCAACUCGACCGUCCCCAUCUCUGCCGAGGUCCUCAAGGCCAAGAAGGUUUUCAAUGCCCAGCGUCUUUUCGGUGUCACCACCCUCGACAUCGUCCGCGCCGAGACCUUUGUUGCGGAAAUCACCGGCCAGUCCGAACCCCAGAAGCUCACUGUGCCCGUCAUUGGCGGCCAUUCUGGCGAAACCAUUGUGCCCCUCUUCAGCCAAGCCUCUCCCGCUGUCAAGAUUCCUGAUGACAAGUACGACAACCUCGUCAACCGUGUCCAGUUUGGUGGCGACGAGGUCGUAAAGGCCAAGGAUGGCGCUGGUUCAGCCACCCUUUCCAUGGCAUAUGCCGGGUUCCGAUUUGCCGAGAAGCUUCUUCGGGCUGUCAAGGGCGAGAAGGGUCUCGUUGAGCCGAGCUACGUCUACCUCCCUGGCGUUCCAGGAGGCGAUGCCAUUGCCAAGGCGACCAAAUGCGACUUCUUCUCCGUCCCGAUUGAGCUUGGGCCCAACGGAGCUGAGAAGGCCAGAAACCCCUUGGAGGGCAUCACCGACAAGGAGAAGAAGCUGCUGGACAAGGCUACUGAGGACCUCAAGGGUAACAUUAAGAAGGGCAUCGACUUCGCCCACAACCCGCCCCAAAAGUGA